AUGAGCACCAUCUCCCGGCGCGCCUAUGCCGAGAUGUUCGGUCCCACCACCGGCGACCGGGUCAGGCUCGGUGAUACCGAGCUCAUCGUCGAGGUCGAGGACGACCGCGCCGUCUACGGCGACGAGGUCAAGUUCGGCGGCGGCAAGGUGAUCCGCGACGACAGCCGUGGUCGCGCUGGUUGCUGCCGAGCUGGCAUCUACAAGGCCGACAUCGGCAUCAAAAACCGUCGUAUCGCGGCCAUCGGCAAGGCCGGCAAUCCCGAUACGCAGGCCGGCGUCGACGUGGUCAUCGGACCCGGCACGGAAGCCAUCGCCGGGGAAGGCCAGAUCCUCACGGCGGGCGGCAUCGACGCCCACAUCCACUUCAUCUGCCCGCAGCAGAUCGAGGAGGCGUUGAUGUCGGGCAUCACGACGAUGCUUGGCGGCGGCACCGGACCGGCGACCGGCACCAACGCGACGACCUGCACGCCGGGACCGUGGCAUAUCGCGCGCAUGCUGCAGGCCGCGGACGCCUUCCGAUGA